CUCUCGAUGUGAAGUUCUUAGUGGUGUCAGAGUAUGCUAACCAACCAUAUCGAAUGACAAAUAUAGACGUCAAAUUUUAAUCGUGGCUGAUUCUAGGACCAUUCACUGAGACUCUGUAAUGACUGAUAUUUAAGUCUCUUUUCCGCAUCAACUUUCUCCCUCCCGAACAUACUCAGCAUCAUCCAAGAUCUUGCAUUUGUUGAGCCUUAUGGACUGACGUCUACCGAAGUCACCCCGAUGGGCCCGACUACCUCGUUCCUCCUCCCCCCCAGAGCAUCGCCCGUGUUAACAAUCCGAGCUGGCCCAAUGCGGGCUCACCUAUUCUUAUAGAUAGGUUGACUUACGACAAAGUGCCAUACUGGGCGCUUCCGGACCUUCUUGGCCUAUUCAUGAGCAAGCUUGGACGGAGUCCCGCUGGAGCAAAUAAAAGGAACUUUUACCUUCCGCUCACCGCGGUUUAUGGAAUGUGGUGUAAGAAGCUCAUUGGAGAAGGGGUUACGCCAUACGUUUUCCAAUGUACGUGGAAUGAGGAGGGAGACUUUUUCCUCGGUGCCUCGAGAGGAGCAUACAGUCUUCAUUCAGAGCGACCCUGGCUAGCCGUCGUCGACCGUGCCCGAUUUGGCGUUAUCAAGUCUGAGCCAUUAACGUUGGCCGGCUGGUCAUUGGCCCGAUCACCUUGCAUGGAGUGCAGAAAGAAGAAGGAUGGAACGCCAUUUGGACGUUGCGCCGAGACAUACCCUUUCUGCAAGCUCCUCAAAACCUGUGGGAAGGGACAAGCCGAGAAGGUAUAUGGUCUCGCUUUGUCCAGGCCGUACUUGUCUUCUCCUCACUAUGACGAUCGACUAUCUGGGCCGAUCUGGGCGAGGUUAUGGAAGCCUUGUUUGAACUGCAAAGAGCUCAUCAGAAUUCACGGUGGCAAGUACGAGAACUUCCUCGUUGCCACUGGAAGUGCAGGCGCUCCGCCCUAAUUGCUCGAUCGACGGCUAGCCAGGUCGCGAAAGACCUUGGAUAUGUCUGUAAAAGAUCCCACCUGUGCCUAUUGACCGGGUCAGGUGUCUUGAGGGAGAAGGAAAGAAAAUACCUGAUCCCGGUAGGGGCCUCACUCCAUCCGUGGAGUGGGUAGCCAUCCUUUGUGGCCUGACACACCCAAAGGACCUACCACCGUCUCGCGGAAAGCAAACCGCGUUACCAAACUCCGACGGAGAAUGUUGAAAACCGGGUGGCCCUGACACAGUCACUGACGGCGACAACCUGGAUACGUUGUUCAA